AGGAGGGCCGGACCGGCUCGCGUAGAAGCGUCAGGGUGUCCGUACAAGCGGAUGAGCGCCGUUCACUUUGCAGAUGAAAUCGGCACAGGCAGCGUUGUUUUGUAGCGGCUUGUAGGCAGACGCGAGUUCUCAUCUUGGGAUCUUUCUUGUUGCGGAGCACAGGAUCGGAGGCGGCAUGUUUCCGGUCAGGCAGCCGUGGCUUUGCAAAGCCUUAGGUUGUUAUGAUUGCUGUGUCCGGUGCUUGGGGGCAGUGCCCUACCCAUCUCUGGUGGCAACCUUGCUGUGCUACGCAGGCAUGGCUCUAUUUUGCGGUUGCGGGCACGAAGCCUUAACCCAGACCGAAGUCCUGGUCGAGACGUACUUCGCCCGCAGUGAGCAGGACUAUGAGGUCGUGGCUUCCUUUGUCGAAUACUUGCAGUACGUCAUCUACGGCCUGGCCUCAUUUUUCUUCCUCUAUGGUAUUCUGCUGCUGGCUGAAGGCUUCUACACGACAAGCGCGGUCAAGCAGACCUUCGGGGAAUUUAGGAGCACCCACUGUGGCCGAUGCCUCAGCCUGACGUUUAUCAUUGUGACAUAUAUCUUGGCCUUCAUCUGGCUGGCGGUGUUCGCCUUCACGGCAAUUCCGGUCUACUUCUUGUUCAACAUGGAGCAGACCUGCCACGACAUCAACCUCCUGGCUGAAAAAACCACCAGCAUAAAUCAGCACGGCUGGAUUUGCAUGGACGCCAGGCAAUAUGGGCUGCUCCCUUGGAACGCAAUGCCGGGCAAGGCUUGCGGAAUGACCUUGGCAUCUAUUUGCAAGACGAGUGAAUUUCACCUCACCUAUGACUUGUAUAUUGCGGCAUUUGCCGGUGCCGGAAUCACUCUCUUAGCAUUGAUUCUGUUUUUGGUUGCAACCGCCUACAACUAUGCGGUCUUGCGGUUCCUGGGCAGGAAAGGGGUACGCUAAAGGCGGGACCCGCAGCUCAAAUGACGGCGUCCUCCGCUUGUGAGAUGCGCAGUCACACACGCCAUACUAGAUGUCAUUUAGCCUCCUGGAAACAGCCAAUCCGGUUCACCUGCUCGUGCUGCAUUUCUCCAAGAUGCAUCCAGUAAUAUUCCUCACCGGUAUGUCUUGCGUGUGAACAACUUAGAGAGAGAUGAAGAUUUCUGCCCUCUCGGAUGAUUCUUUUAGCUUUGUUGUUCGUGUCUCUUUUUUUGGGUGCCGUUUCGUGCCAGUGUUGUUGUGAUGUGCGGCAUUUCAGGAAUAUUAAACAGCUGCCCUCGCAAAGUGUAACUUGCCUUUUUACCCCGUUCAGUGCUUACUGAUGCAUGCAUCGGGUCUAUGGAAAUGACUCGGCCGCUGCCUUGGCACCACCGCGUGUAUUGAUUGUGUGAUUUGAAGCGGAAUGUACCGAAGUUAUCCGCACCCGUGGAGCGUUGUGUUGUAUCACUGUCACUCACAUGAUUGCUUUGUUUCGACACCACUGUGUGGGGGGGGAAACAAAGCCACGUAUUCGGUAUUGGAGGUGAUGCCUCCGAGAUUGCUUACCAUAACUUUCCAUCCGUUAACCCGUGCUUAACAUGUCAGCCUGCUUCUAAAAUUGAGCUUUGUCAUGUGUGGGCAUCCACAACUUAGUCCUACAGACGUGAACGUUGGUGAUUUUGCUUUCAUAACUGCAAAUUGUUUUCAAUAAAA